AUUGAUGGCUGAGAAGCCAAUGCAAACAGACGUAUUUGUUUAGAUGACCAAAACAGAACAUCAGUGACAUACGAAAGUGUAACGGAAUAUCUUUUUUUAAUAGUGACAAUAAAAAAGAAUUAAGUAAGUUAUAUUAUUUUUUUAUGUGACAAGCAUGCCAGUAUUAUUUAUUUUUUAAACGUGACUUUUUUUUAUAGUCAGAUAAAACAAAAUACAAACACAUGGUACAAAUAUCCACAAUAUCCAAAUCCACAUGUCCAAAAUAUAAAUAUUAUGCAAAAUGGAUUCACGAAAAAUGUCUACAGAGAAAAGUGCAAUGGCGACUGAAAAAUACCAUAAAGUUACUAAAUUAGUACCCCCCGACGGAGGGUGGGGGUGGAUGGUUCUAAUAGGGGUAGCACUUUCCAACAUAUUUAAUCAGUCCAUGUUGUCGCUCUUUAGUUUAUUGUAUGGAGAUGCAUUAGAAGCUAUGGGUCAUAAAACCCAGGGUGCAGCUGUAGUUCUGAGCACCAUGUUAUUCGUCACCAAUUUUGGCGGACCAAUAGCGGGCGCCGUAGUUAAGCUGACGUCACCUAGAACCGUGGCUCUGAUUGGUGCAGUCUCGUGUACCACAGGAAUAUUUUUAAGUGGAUUCUCAACAAAUAUAGUGCAUUUGAUAUUAACUUACGGUGUUUUAUUAGGAUUAGGUCUAGGUUUUAUACAGAACUCAUCAUUCGUGGCCAUAAAUGCUUACUUCAAAUUGAAGAAGAGUAGGGCAGUGGGCCUUGCGAAUGUGGGCACAGGUGUGGGCCAGACUUUGAUGCCCCACUUAGUGAGAUACCUCUUGGAACAUUACGGUUUUCAAGGAGCUUGUCUGAUCCUGUCCGGCUUGAGCCUUCAUGGGAUUGGCGGCGUCUUAUUAAUUCAGCCUGUAGAAUGGCACAUGAAAACAGUAGAGGAAGAAGUUAUUGUAGACGAAAAGUUACAUUUAUUAGAAGAUGAACACAAAAAUAUAGUUAUAAGAAGAGAUUCGAAGAUGCUCGCAGAACUGAAUAAUGGCAGGCGAGCCACUGAGCCAACUCUGAACGGAAAUGACAAAGAAAAUCCGAGCGCAGUGGAUAAGAAAAGUAUGCAAUGGCAAAGCCAUAAAGAAUUGAAUGGUGAAAAACUUACAUUGUCCAAAGCAAAUGGUGUUGAUACAAAAGAAAAGAAGCCAAAAUCCGGUUUACUGCACAAAAUCUUUGUUUUGUUCGACAUAUCCCUUCUCUCGAGCCCGCGCUUUUUGAACAUCCUGCUUGGAACUGCUCUGGCUGUCACGUCCAUACAGAACUUCAGUAUGCUGUUCCCUCUCUUCUUGCAGAAAUCAGUAAUGUUGAACAAAGAGCAGACCGCGAUCUGCAUGUCGGCUGUGGCGGCGGCCGAUAUCUCUGGCCGUCUCAUUCUGCCCGUCUUCCAGGACAAGUUCCAGAUAAGGGCACGCUGGAUGCUCAUCAUGACCAGCGUCUGGCUCAUUGUGGCUAGACAAAUUCUGGCGUAUCAAUCGGAGCUGACGAUCUUGAUCCUAAUGUCCUGCAUUUACGGUUUCGGCAGAAGCAUGAUCGUCGUAGCCAGAAACAUUGCGAUAUCUGAAAACUGUCGUAUGGACCAGGUUCCAGCGGCCGUCGGUCUCGGAAUGUUGACUAUGGGCAUCAUCGUCCCACCGGCUGGCUACUUUUUAGGAUGGAUUAGAGAUUUCACAGAGAGUUACGUCAUAUGCAUCACUGCCCAAAACAUGCUCUUAGUCGUUCUAUUAGUCAUGUGGAUACCAGAUAUGCUAAUUUUGUAUAUGCAAGACAAGAGAAAAAAGAAGGCACUUGAAGAAAUUCAAAUGUCUUAAUUAUACGGUGAUACGUUAUUGGUCUGACAAUUUAAGGAUUAAGGCGAAUGGGGAAGAAAACUUAUGGCUGAGAAAGAAACUAGCAGUGUGCAGUUACAGUGCUACGGAAUUAUAAUUAUAACAGUAAUGUGGUGUAACAUAAUGAAUUUGAAAGGCUGUGAGUGCAAAAAGAUGUGCACGAAUAAAGUGAUACCAGUAUGCAGUUAUCUUAAUAAUAAGUACUUAGUGAAAAUGUACUCUUGUGAACAAAGACUAUACUUGAGUAAAUCCAAUUAAGUUUAAGCAGUGGUCAAUAGCUUGAUCUAGUCUAAUAAAUUAUAUUUUUGUCUGUUAA